AUGACAUCGCCCACACUCUCUGCCCAGGGAAAGGAGCGCCUGGAUGCGCUUCUCACCUCUGCGUCUGCGUCAGGCAAGUGGCCAGCGCUCUUCUUCGGCGCGACGACCGCCGACGGCGAGAUCUACUUCAACUGCAAGGGAGACCGAGUGCAUACUGACCCCAGCAAGGGGCAGGUGGACGACAAGACGACCCUCCAGCUGUACUCGAUGACCAAGUUGAUCACCUCCAUCGCCUGUAUUCAGCUCUGGGAACGCGGACUUGUCGACUUUGACGACGCGGCCCUUAUUAAGAAGCACCUGCCCGAACUCGUGACUCAGCCCAUUCUGAAGGAGUACAACGAUGACACGGCCGUCUUUACGCCCCGCACAAGGCCUCUCACCCUCCGCCACCUCCUUACCCACACCAGCGGCCUGGGAUCCGGCAUGCUCUCGCCCCUGCUUGGCCGGUGGGAGGCUGAACAUGGCGGUGCCAAGUCGUUUGCGCCCGGGGCCACGGCCGCGGAUCUCGCCCAGCCCAUCCUCUUUGAGCCGGGCACCAAGUACGCCUAUGGCAUCGGUCUGGACUGGGCGGGUGUGCUCGUCGAGCGUGUCUCGGGAUCGACCCUCGAGGAUUACUUCCAGACGCACAUCUUUGCGCCCAUCGGCCUCACCAAGGAGGACAUGACGUUCCUCCCGACCGACUCGGUACAGGAGCGCCUCAUGGAGGUGCUUGGCCGCCAGCCAGACGGCGGACUCGCGCCGGCCGAUGGCCUGCGCAAAGUGCCUGGACUCACGCCCCAGGACGUCACGCUCUACCUCGGCGGCGCGGGCCUGCUCGGUACCGCUCGCGCGUACAUGACGGUGCUACGCGAGGUCCUCGCGUGCGGCAAGCGCGACGGUGUGCUCUCGCGUAAGGGCUACGACCUUGUGUUUGCCAAUGCCCUCCCGGCACGUUCGGAGCAGUCCUCCCAACAGAUCUACGAGGACCUCGCGGCCAUGAUGGUGUUCAGUGGGCUCAGCGAGGAGCAGUAUACCAACCCCGAUGGCGCGGGCAACGCUCACUCCCUCGCCUUGUGCUUGACUGAACUCGACUCUGUCCACGGACGCAAGAAGGGAACGGCGUGGUGGAGCGGUGCAGCCAAGACGCGCUUUUGGAUCGACCCGGUCUCUGGUGUUGCGGGCUUUUGCGGGACGCAGCUGGUUGACUUGUGGAAGCCGUUCGCUGGGCUUACGGAUGAGUUUGAGCGCGCGCUGUACGAUGGGCUGCAGUAG